UGUUUCUUGAUUUCUUGCUCUUAUUUCUAAUAUUUCCUGUUUCAGUUUUGCUCCAGAUUAGUUCGUGGUAAGUCGAAAUGGUGAGGCUAGUAACGGUUGUGAGAUUUUUUUUUCCUGUUGGUUUCAUUUUGCGGACAAAUUCACUGUCAUGCCGCAAGUGUUAAAAUACACUUCACAGGUUGUAUAACCUCGAUUUCUUUUAGAGUCUAGACAGUGAACGUGGUUCAUCGUCACCAGAGAACAGCACGGGAAAGGUGUUUCCCUCCAUCGUUACCCUUUGAUAAAUUCCUGCUGAGCAGCUGCUAGACUUUGCCCAGUUAAAGUUCUCAGUACAACAGCAUGGGAAGACUACAAAUGGCUGUGGGCUUUUCCCUGGUCGUUUUGGCGACAAUUUGUAAACAGACAUGUGCAGUUCUUCCACACGUGGAACAGUACACACCGCAGGUUGUAAAGCCCUUGUUUGAUCAGAUGCGCGAGUAUGGAGACAAACAGAGAGAAUCAUGGAUUCAGUAUUUAGUCGUAUUAAUAGCUAGUCAUGACGAAAUUAUGAAUCCUAAAAACGGAAAUGAUUUGCGAAAACUCUAUGGUGGCCGAGUACAGUUGUUCUUAAAUCAGAAAGAUGAUGCAGUAACGGACAGGCUAAGCUUAGAGGAACAAGAUCUCGCCCACGGAGAAGUAAGAUUUAUAUUCAACACAAACAACUUUAACAACAUGCUUAAGUCAUUCAGACAGAAACAUCCCAAUGAAAAUCCAAUCAUAAUGAUGUACUCUCACUACAUCCCCUGCGCGCUGAUUGAAGGUAUGAAAUAUUCAUGUUCAGAGGAGGUAGCGGUGUUCACUACCAACCACUGGUUGGACUUUGGAGUAAUGGUGGCUUUCAGUGAGAGUUAUAAGCAAACUACUGGUGAAGGGGAAACUAAUGACAACGAGGCUAUUCGGUUUCUAAGGCUCGGGGGGAUUCCAACUUUCCAGUACACUAAUUCUGGCGCUAAUCUUCGGCUCGUUCAAGACACUAACAAUGAGUCCAAUAAGAUGACCAGAUGGCGCUCCGUGACUUUCUUGCCGAACUUCUUCGACUGCCUUGUCAAAAAUGUUCAUUUCAAUUGUCUGGGAAACACGAAAGAGGACAACAAAAAUAUUCUUGCAUUUUUCGUGAAUACAGCUGCUUACGAAUGUUUUAAAAAUAUGCCUUUUAGUUGGAGAGCGGCGAAAGCAAAUGAAAUACAGAACUCUUUCAAUGAUUAUCUUUCCAAGAAUAUUGGUUCGGACUGCAAACAGUGUGGUCGACAGUGUGGAGCUGUGAAACAACAAGCGGCCCAGGAAUGUGUUGAAAGCUCAGUUAGUAACUCUUUAGUGCCUGGAGAACCGGAAAAGGAUUCGAACCCUCUAGAUUACACUUGGAAAGUGUCAAGAGAUGAGAAACUUUCAAAAGUAUUUCCUGAAAAGGUUUCAAGCUGGAAAAAUGUAUCUUGUAAAGAAAAGUCCCUCACCCCGCAGUCGCUGUGUACCAAGAAAGGAACAACACCUCCUUGAACUGCCUGCAGCUCUCAAUGCGAACUUUACAGGGGUUAGAACUGCAGUUCAUGACCUUUGUGAAGAUUCUAAAUUGUUAGAAAAUUUAAAUCAAAGUCGAAAUAUUGUUCACAUUAUUCAAAAAUCUCUAAGCAUACAGUCAAUGAUUCUUUACAGCUAUUAAAUGACAUUGGAUUGCUAUAAGGCAUGAGGAGCUUCAAUGACUAUUUGAUAAAUACAAUAUGAAGAAAAGUAUUUAUUUCAAACUGAUGAAAACAUAGAAGAAUUGUCAUUCUCAUCUAAACCGCUGUCUACCCAUAAACACGUGUAUCUGGUUAAUUUAAAGUAGCUCCAACUGACACUGUGCCUUGUUGUCGAUGGUUGAAUCUGAAGGUUAUGCAUUCGAUUCUCAGUCCAUUUUGUCAAUAACUUUAGCAGUUUUCAAUAUUGUUAUCAUUUGAAAAAAAUCUAAAGUUUUCUUAGAUAUACUUUUGUUGGUCAUUGCAUUCUAAAAUGUCUUUGAUAUAUACCCUUAACUAUUGUUUAUAUAAUUUCAAAUUCUGUGUACCUGUAUUUGACAAUAAUAUUCACUUCUAUAAAGCAUCUCUAAAGCACGUAUUGUAUAAUAAGUUAGUAUCAUAACAAGUUUGCAUCUUUUUCCUUGUUGAUAUAUAUUGGAAUAUCAAUCACCUUCGUCUUAAACUCUGUAUGUAUAUCGAGUAUUCUUUUAAUCCUUCAAUUUGGAAAAUCAUAAACAUAAUUUUAGAAUGUUGUUUACCUAAGUCAAAUUAUUUUAAGCAAACGUUUUUAAAUAUUGUUUUUAUUUAUUGUCGAAAGUCACCAACAGAGAGCGAAACGCAGAUCACGUGGUAAAUGAAAAUGGGUUUUGUGCAGCUUUGCAGAGUGCUUAGUGCUUGUCUUUAAAGAUAAUAUAUAUAUAAAGCUAGUGUUUACAUGUUAUAUAUAUAUACACAGGUGUGUGAUUAGGUGAUGGAGUUUGUUAAUUAUAAUCAGAUGGUUUAGGUUGUAUUUUCUGACAUGUUUUCUUCUUUCUGAGAUUAAAAGACAUUGAACUAAAAA